AUGUGUGUCAUUGUGGUUCACGAGCACAAGUACCGCGGCGCAAAGAAGGUCCUAUACCUGGAGCCGCCCACCAACGGCAGCGUCACCGUCAAGAAGAAGAUCACCCGCAUCAUCCCGCCCUCCCCACCACCGCCGCCCCCCAUCAUCGUCAAGCCGCCCCCUCCGCCCCCGAUGAUGCCCCUCCCGCCUCCGCCGCCCAUGUCGGAGCCGGAGCAGAUCGACGUCAUCGCCGUCGACGUCGCCAAGUCCGAGAAGAGCACCCGCAGCAGCAAGUCCAGCCGCACCAGCCACAGCCGCAGCCGCAGCCACGUCGACAGCCGCGAGCGCGAGGUCUACAUUGAGCGCGAGCGCAUCGUCCCCGUCCCCGUGCGCGUCCAGCCCGAGUUCGAGACGUUCAGAUACGUUGACGCCCCCCGGCGGUGGAGCCCGCCCAGCCCCCCGCGGCGCGAGGUCAGCCAGGAGCGCGAGCGCAUCAUCGUCGAGGACCAUCGCCGCACGAGGGAGUACUACGGCGGCAGUGGUCGCUGA